AUGAGCCAGAAUUCGGACCUGAAGACUAUGAACGAGCUGAGCGGGGAUCUUGAAGCCGAAAGAUUCGCUGAAUCCUACGUGAGACCUGAAACAGAGGAAGGAGUUCAAAGAUACAUGUUCCAAAAGGUGAACCAGAAGCGACAUGAAUUGGAGCAAAUCUUGGUGUUCGAUCAAAUUAAGGCUCCAUUGCCAAAAAAGAAGAAGUAUGUGGACUCAAAACAGGUAAAGAAAAAACGAAUUAUUGCUAAAGAAAACCAGCUAGUAAAACAAUGUAAAAUAUUAAACGAAUAA